GCCAUGGCGUCGACGUCGGGGUGUGACGAGAUGGAGGGCCAUCUGCACGUCCGCGCCAAGACGCUCAACGUGUGGAAGAAGCGCCGCUUCGUGCUCACGGGCUCCACGCUGCAGUACUUUUCCAUCGCGCCUGAGACCAACAAGCCCAAGACCAUCUCGAGUCUCGCGCUCAGCAGCCUCUCGAAGGCCAAGGCCAAGCUCUCCAAGCCAACCAAGACCACCGACCGCAUGUACGACCUCGCCGGCUGCAGCAUCAAGACCGUGCACGAGUACUUGUCGAGUCGGCCGUUCACGUUCCAGGUCGCGUCGCCCGCCUUUUUCCUGCUCUUGCACGCCGACUCGAUGGAAGAAAUGAGCGCGUGGAUUCGGAGCCUCCGCGCUGCGGCGCCGCAAAUCGACCGCCUUCCGUUCGCUUCGCCCACGAACUUCUUGUCGCCAACCUCGACAAUGAUCAAGGUUGCGGCGCAGUCGAGCGACGACGACAUCUUUGAGUUUGGGAUCGCAACCGCCAUGGACAUUAUCACGUGCCUCCAGCAUGGCCGCUUCUGCAGCGACCGCCUCGUCAUCUACAGCUCGACGUUUCUCGGAAAGAAACAGCUCGCGCGCGGGAGCGUUCUCAUUGCGGUCAACGGCCACUCGGUCAUCGAGUGCAGCUCGAAAGACGUGCACACGAAGCUCACGUCCCUCGCACUGCCCUCGACGCUGCAGUUUCUCCGCUGUCGGCCCAAAGCCGGCGUCCUCCGUUCCCAGUCGUACGAGUCGCUCGGCUCGAUGCUCAAGCUCACAACAAGCGGUACAGCACUCAUGGGCUGGCGCGACGUCGCCUGUGAAAUCGACGGGGACCUAUUUGUCUGCGCCCGCUUCCUCUCAACCGCCACGCUCGCGAUGGCCAAGUGGAGUCAAUCGAUUUUGCCCUCCGACAGCUCGACGGGCGGCAGCAAUAGCUCUUUGUCGUUGCCGGAGCGACCUGUCUCGGCGUCCAAAGCCAACGUACCGUUGGCCGGCUGCUCCGUGCGCCUCGUCCACGAAGUGCUGGCCGGCCGCCCGUUCUGCUUCUUGCUGUCGCAUUCGCCCACGAAUGCCCAACAAGAAGUACCUCUCCUCUUCCAAGCGAGCUCGCAGGAAGACAUGCUGCAGUGGCUCGGCGCGCUCGUCCAUGCGAUCGACUUGGCCAACGGCGUCGUCGUCGGUGGCGGCGUCAACUGCAGUCCGCUACCAACCUCGAUGCAAGCCACGCACUCAACUAUGUUUUUCCCGCCCGAGACGAACGAACAGACGACGAACCCGAGCCUCACACGCGCGCUCCACGCCCAAGGCGACUUGAUCUUUGAAAAGCCGGUCGUGCCCAUGGUGACCAACGACGAGCUCGUCCGCCUCCUCCUCUUUUGCCAGCAAGAAGCGCGGUACACCGAGGCGCUGCAGGUGCUUUUGCAAGAGCCCGCGGCGCGAAGUACGUACUGGCCGCAGCUCUUUGCGUGGGGCCUCGCCUCGCCCAGCGUCUCGACGCUCGACCAACUCGAAGCGCUCGUCCACCUCCCAAUCUCCGACGAGGACGCAGUCCAGCUUCAAAAGGACGUGCCGCGGACAGCGUCGUGGAUGGCAUCGUCGGAAGGCGCGCCGCUCAACACAGUGCAAGCGCCGCCCGAGCGGCUCACGUCCUUGCACCGGAUUCUGCAUGCGUUCAUUGCGUCGACGCACGUGCAGUACCUCCAGGGCAUGAACGGCAUCGCGUUCCUCCUCCUCGAGCUCUGGGACGGCGACGAGGUGCGCGUGUACCAGUACUUGGAAGCGAUGGUGCACCACAUCUUGCCAUCGAUCUUUGACGCAAGCGACGAAGUGAGCGCGCUCGUGCAGACAGGUCAGCACCUCGAGAGCAUGAUGCGCAUGUACCUCCCGACGCUCACGGCUGUCUUUGACGACGUCGGCCUGCCCGUGUUCCUACUCGCUUACAAGUGGUUUCCAACGCUCUUCUCGGACGUGUCGCUCCAAGCCAACCGCAAGCACAAUCAACUCCAGUACGAUACGCUCUUGUGUAUCUGGGACAUUUGCCUCCUCAUGGGCAUCGAAGGCAUGUACUGCGUCUCCAUGGCACUCUUCGCAAGCGCUGAGCCUUCGAUCCGCGCGCUCGGUAGCGGCUGUUUGGCCGAGGAGGUCUCGCACGCGUUCAUCCAAGUGCUCUCGACGCUCUCCCGUGACGACCUCAUGCUGCACGUGUCCGAAGUGAUUGAAACGUGCCGCCACCCGCUCUUGCUGCAGUGGCGCAACGCCCACCACCGCCGCGUGCACCGACCGAUUCGCGUCAAGGACCUCGAUACCGGUCAGGUGUUUGGUGUCGAAGGCGCCCACUUGUACCCGCUCGAGCACGCCGAGCCGCAGUAAACUCGGUGCUCGACCAAUCGAAAUUAAAAAAGGAGUACAACAUUGUCAAAUUGUCUUUUA